AUGUCGUCUCAACCAGGCGUCGCUCCAUAUAUCCCGGACUAUGCGUCAUACAACUGGACUGGUGCUCCCGCAAACUAUGCACAGCUCGCCACAAAUGAUAUUGGCGGUGAUUCCAGAACGGAGAAUCUAAACAAAUGGUUUCAAUCGGGUGACCAGGCGUACAUCAUCGUGGCCUCCGCCAUGGUCAUGGUCAUGAUUCCCGGUCUUGGAUUCCUGUACUCUGGUCUCGCUCGUCGUAAGUCGGCUCUGAGUAUGAUCUGGGCCUGUAUGGCAUCAUUCUCGGUCGUCACCUUCCAGUGGUACUUUUGGGGUUAUUCCCUCGCCUUCUCUCCUACUGCCACCAAUGGCUACAUUGGCAACCUUCGCAACUUUGGUCUCAUGAAAACUCUGGCCGACCCGAGUCCUGGAUCACCUCUCAUUCCUAAUCUCCUCUAUGCUUUCUACCAGAUGCAAUUCUGUGGUGUCACUGCGGCUAUUAUUAUGGGCGCUGUUGCAGAACGUGGACGUCUGCUUCCGGCCAUGGUUUUCACCUUCAUCUGGGCUACUAUCGUCUAUUGUCCUAUGGCUUGCUGGGUAUGGAAUGUGAACGGCUGGGCAUUCAAAUACGGUGUUUUGGACUAUGCCGGUGGUGGUCCUGUCGAAAUCGGAUCCGGUAUGGCAGCCCUCGCCUAUUCGAUGGUCCUCGGUCGUCGUCAGGAACGUAUGAUGUUGAACUUCCGCCCUCACAACGUCUCGCUCAUUCUCCUCGGAACCGUCUUCCUCUGGUUCGGUUGGCUUGGAUUCAACGGUGGUUCUUCCUUCGGUGCCAACAUUCGGGCCACCAUGGCUUGCUGGAACACAAACCUGACUGCUGCCUUUGGAGCUAUUACCUGGGUUCUUCUUGAUUGGCGUCUGGCCAGAAAGUGGUCGAUGGUCGGCUGGUGUUCCGGCACUAUUUCCGGCCUGGUCGCUGCGACUCCCGCCUCUGGUUUUUUGACCCCUUGGGCCAGUGUUAUCCUUGGUAUCGUGACUGGCGUUGUUUGCAACUAUGCAACCAAGGUUAAAUACUGGAUCCGUAUCGAUGACUCUAUGGAUGUGUUCGCCGAACACGGUGUCGCGGGAAUCGUUGGCCUUAUUUUCAACGCCCUUUUCGCAGACGAUGCAAUCGUCGGUCUGGACGGUGUGAACACGGGGACAGGAGUCGGUGGAUGGGUCAUCCACAACUACAAGCAGCUCUACAUUCAAAUUGCUUUCAUCGUGGCUUCCUGCGCUUAUUCCUUCGUCGUCUCCGCCAUCAUUGCCUAUGCCAUCAACGCUAUUCCUGGCCUGAAACUGCGUGCCUCCGAAGAGGCCGAGUUGCUCGGCAUGGAUGACGACCAGCUCGGCGAGUUCGCAUACGACUAUGUCGAAGUUCGCCGUGAUUACCUGGCCUGGACGCCUCAGAAGCACGACCAGCUCGAAGACGGCCAUGAGAUCCCCCACGCUGCCCGCUAUGGCAUUGGAGAGCACAGCGAGAUGCUCGAAGGCCAGACUCCCGUUGGAAUCGACAGCCGAGGAUGCAGUGAAGGCGACUCUGGCAUUCAGGAGAUUAAGAUUGCACCGGCUCCUCGACAGGUCGCCGAGCACAAUCCUCCUGCGCAAGCUCAAGAGACGCACGAGACACCUGCAGCUCCUCAAAUCGACGAGAAGCACGACGGCUCAUCAUAA